CGUCAGCGAGCAAGCCCUUCCCCAUUCCUCCCCGGCCCGAGAAGUCCAUCCCUCACCCUCGCCAUGUCCUCCGCACCCUGGGAUUACAUCGCAAAGCUGGUAUGCAUAGGCGACUCUGGCUGCGGUAAAUCCUCACUCACGAUCCGGCUCUGCGAAGGGCGCUUCGUCCCGUACCACGACGUGACCAUCGGCGUUGAAUUCGGCUCGCGCAUCGUUCCCGUCGGACCGCCCUACUCCAGCACCACCACCACCCUAUCCCAACCCCGACAACCUUCACCACACGCCGACAACGAUGUGGCCGACCCCCCCGCCAACGAUACCAACCCCGAUGGCCCAGGCCCAGGAGCAAGCCCAAGCACGACCAAGCAAGGUCUCCCCCCGCCGCCGAUAAUAGAAAAAGCCAAGCAACACCCACCACCACCGCAGAAGCACAUGAAGCUUUCUUUAUGGGAUACAGCCGGCCAAGAGACGUACAAGUCAGUCACGCGCUCCUACUUCCGCGGCGCGUCGGGCGCGCUCCUCGUCUUCGACCUCACGCGCAGGUCCACCUUCCAGCACGUGACUGACUGGCUGAACGACCUCCGGCAGAUCGCCGAGCCCGACAUUGUCGUCGUGCUGGUCGGCAACAAGGCCGAUCUCGCCUCUCCGCACGCCCCCGAAGAAGCAGAAGGACAGCAGCAGCAGCAAGAAGCAGGGGCCGGAGGAACAGUGCUCGGGGGAAUCGGAGGGAAUCGGAGGGAGGUGACGAGGCAAGAGGCGGAGGAAUGGGCACGGCGGAAUGGGAUACUCGAGUAUGUUGAGACGAGCGCUAAGAGUGGGGAGAACGUCGAGAUGGCUUUCAUGAGGGUAGCCGAGAGGAUAUUUCAGAACAUUCAGGCGGGGAAAUAUGACCUGAACGAUAGGCGGUCCGGGGUCAAGGGGCCGAGUGCCGGGGGAGGAGGAGGAGCAGGAUGUGCGAGUAAGCCGGUCAGGUUAACGAGCAACGUCAAUAAGAGCGGCGGGGGUUGCUGUUGAACACAACGGAUGUAUCAUGUUGGUUUAGUUAAGACCGACGGAUGUAUCAUGUUGGUUUAGUUAAGACCGACCUGUAAAGGAACAGAGAGCAACAACGGGCGGCUGGCGUUGUAUCAAUAGUAAUGUUAACGUGCCACGAGGCCAAAAUCCGAGAC